AUGGAGGCGAUCCGGACAGAGAAGCAUCAGACCAGGUACACGCCGCUGCAGGCGUACAUGGACAACAAGUCGAUCAAAGAGCGAUCACGCCCGUGGAAGCAGAUACUGAUGUUUUUUGCACGGACGCAGAGGGAGCACCGUUGGAAGAGCCCCAAGUACCGCUUCACACAGCAGCAGCGCGAGGCGUGGGAGGCAUUGAUCGAGCAGGCAGAGAGAGACGUGGGCGGGGCAGAGAUGGAGGUAGCGGACGAGGACCAGGACGAGGACGGGGAGGAAGAGGACGGGGAGGAGGACGAGAUGAUGAUCGAUGAGCUCGACGACGAGCAGGACCCGUCCGAGCGCGACAAUGAGCCCGAGCACGCGAAGCUGAGGCCGAUUGAAAAAGCGUGCUUGGAUUUUUGCAUGGCGCUGCUCAAACAGACCAUCCGCCGCAAGGAGUACGACUGCGCGUUGGUGUGUGCGUUGGCUGUGCUCGGCGUCAAAGAGGACGGCUGGAAGGACGCUGAGCUGUACCCGCCGAUAUUGUCGUCGGUGAUCAAAAUCACCCGUUUCAUGGUCGUACAACACGCACUGGAGCUGUCCGAGCCGUUUGAAGAGGAGUUGUUCGACGACGACAGCGCGUACGUGGGGAGCGACAGUGGCAGCAACUCCCCCAACCAGCAUCGACCAAAAGGCUGCUUAGAGUUUGUGCAGCAGAUGAUGGACAGGUUUAUGGUGCGAGGCAGCCACAGCCCAAUGCAAUGGAUGCUAGACUUGCGUACGUACGGGCUGAAGGUGCAUUUCAACACCACCGCGCGAGGGAACGUCGAGUGGAUGGGUAGGGACGAGCUGCUGUACAAGAACGUACACUUCACCAUGGCCCAGUUCCGCAGCAUGGUGCACGGGAUGCAAGCAGAGAGCAAGCGGUUGCUGGUUGAGGAGCUGUUGUUUUGCAAUGGGCAGACCGCAGCGUCAGCCCCCCAGGUUCCGUGGGAGCAGCUGCGCGACAACCCGACCGACGACCGACCCGGAAAGCCCAAGCGUCGCAACGUGAGUUAA